AUUAUCCCAUAACACAUUGCACCUCGUUUUCACCAUAGUCUACUCCGAAACCUCUCUCUGUCUCUUCAUUUUGUUCUCCAACAACCAAACAACACAAAAAGCCUCUUUCAAAUUCAAUCCCAAUUCACCUCUCUCCUAUCCCCAUUUUCUAAUUUUCACUCCAUAAUUUCAUAAUUAAACCCAAACCCAGAUAUGGUAUCAGCAAUGGCUGCCACGUGUUCUCCGACCUCUCUCCAGCUUCGAUUAGCCUUCAACUACCAUAACUGUAGACGAUCACCUGCAACACUCACACGGGCUUGUGUGAGGAAGAAGAAGAGUGAUAGUAACCUUCGCUUUCUCUUGCUGUCUCAAAAUGAACCGCGAUGUAAUGGGAGUUCGUGGGUCGUGUCGAGUUCGUGGACUGAUUCGGAUAAUGGGAGUGAUGAGUCUACUGAGAAUCAGAGAAAGAAAUGGUUUGGAGGCAUGGUUGGAGCUGGAGUAGCUGGGGUCAUCCUAUUUGCGGGGCUUGCCUUUGCAGCAUUGUCUUUAAGCAAGCGGAGCGCUUCCAGACCAAAACAAGAGAUGGAACCAUUCACAACUCAGCGGGAGGUUUCAUUGGUCUCUGACAAGGAGGAUGAUAAAGUUGAGGAGAGUGAAAGCAAGGAAAGCAAGAAAGGUAUAGAAACGGACCUUUCUUCAUCUCCAGAACUUAAUGAAGUACCCAGUGAAAAUAAACUUGGUGGUGACAAUAAGGAGACCUCUGUAGACAGUGUUGAUUAUGCUACUAGGGUCAGUGAUACUGUUGAUAAUGAGCCUGUUCAAGAAAAUUUGCAAUAUGAAUCAAAUUUUGAUGACAAAUCUGUUACUCCUGAAACAACAACCAGCUCAGAGAAUUUGCCCAGUUCUGAUAUUAGUGCAAGUUCCCCUAUAUCAACCUUUGAAAUAGAACAAAACCCUGUUAAUGUAGAACCUAGCAAUGUGCCAGAUAUAACAAAUCUUAACACGGACCACCAGAGUGAAUCGCCUGCCUCAAAGAUAGAUGAGAAUUCUGACUCAUCGUUGAAUUCUUCUAAUUCCAUCAUUUGUGAACCCAGUGAUCCUGUGGGUGUGAAAAUUUCAGAGAGUUCACCCAUGGAUACAAGUUCAGAACCUCAAAUUGUCCCCCAAGAUGAUAUGGAGACUGUAGCCUCAUUUUUAACCAAAGAAAAUCUUGAUCUGAGCAAUACCCAGGAUUCAGCUGAGAGAAAUAGUUCCCUGGAAGUGAAUCACUUAGAUGAAAGAGAUUCCUCAGAAACAAUUUCCGAGUCAGCUUCAGUCGACCCAUUUGGAAACACAGACGUCGUUAUUGCUAAUAAUGAGAUGAAGGAAAGCAAACCAUUUUUUGAACCACCAACUCCUGAAAUUUCCUUCUCAGCUGGUAUACCUGCUCCAUCUGCAGUUUCUGCAGCCUUGCAGGUGCUUCCUGGAAAGGUUCUAGUUCCUGCAGUUGUUGAUCAGGUUCAGGGGCAGGUAUUAGCUGCACUGCAAGUUUUGAAGGUUAUUGAGGCGGAUAUUCAAUCCAGUGAUCUAUGUACCCGGCGUGAAUUUGCUCGUUGGUUAGUGACUGCUAGCAGUGCUCUUUCAAGGAGCAUGUUGUCAAAAGUAUAUCCUGCGAUGUACAUAGAGAAUUUUACUGAACUUGCAUUUGAUGAUAUCACGCCUGAUGACCCUGAUUUUUCAUCCAUUCAAGGCUUAGCUGAAGCAGGACUUAUCUCAAGCAAGCUUUCAAGUGGUGGUUUGCUUUCUUCUUCAGUUGAAAACCAAGGUCCAUUUUACUUUGCUGCUGAAAGCCCUUUGUCACGCCAGGAUCUUGUGAGUUGGAAGAUGGCCCUUGAGAAAAGACAAUUUCCAGAAGCUGAUAAAAAGAUGCUGUACAAAGUUUCUGGGUUCAGAGAUAUUGACAAGUUAAACCCGGAUGCAUGGCCUGCUCUUGUGGCUGACUUGUCUGCAGGAGAUCAAGGAAUUAUAUCACUUGCAUUUGGUUGCACAAGAUUGUUCCAGCCAGAUAAACCUGUCACAAAGGCCCAAGCUGCUGUUGCUCUUGCAACUGGUGAGGCUUCUGACAUAGUUAGUGAGGAGCUUGCACGUAUUGAAGCAGAAGCUGUGGCAGAAAAUGUCGUUUCUGCCCACAAUGCUUUAGUAGCUCAAGUUGAACAGGAUGUAAAUGCAAGUUUUGAGAAGGAGCUUUCCAUUGAGAGGGAAAAGAUUAAUGCUAUAGAGAAAAUGGCUGAAGAGGCAAGGUGUGAAUUAGAAACAUUAAGAGCUGAGAGAGAGAAGGAUGAUAUUGCCUUGUUGAAGGAGCGCGCUGCUAUUGAAUCUGAAAUGGAAGUUCUUUCAAAGUUAAGGCGUGAAUUGGAGGAGCAAUUGCAAAGCCUUUUGAGCAACAAGGUGGAGAUAUCAUAUGAAAAGGAAAGGAUUAGCAAACUUCAAAAAGAAGCAGAGAGUGAAAAGCAGGAGAUCUCUAGAUUACAGUAUGACCUAGAGGUUGAGCGGAAAGCCUUGUCAAUGGCCAGGGCGUGGGCUGAAGACGAGGCAAAAAGAGCGAGAGAGCAGGCAAAAGCCCUUGAAGAGGCUAGAUAUCGGUGGGAGAAGCAUGGCAUCAAGGUGGUGGUUGACAGUGAUCUUAAUGAAGAGAGUUCUGCUGGAGUUACAUGGCUGACUGCUGGAAAGCAAGUCUCUUCUGUUGAAGGAACUGUUAACAGGGCUGAGAACUUGGUGGACAGGCUCAAGCUAAUGGCAGAUGACAUUAGAGGGAAAUCUCGAGUAGUACUUGAUAAAAUCAUACAGAAAAUACUGGUCUUAAUCUCAGUUCUGAAGGAGUGGAUUGCAGAGGCAUGCGUGAGGACCAAAGAACUUAAAGAAGCCACCGUCUCAAAGACAUGGGCAUCAAUACACGAGUUGCAGCAGAACACAACUGAAUUUAGUUCUGCCAUCAAGGAGAAGACGAUAGGAUCAAUGCAAGAGUUGAAGCAGCACACUGCAGAAUUUGGUUCAGCUGUCAAGGAAGGCACAAAGCGGGUGACAGAAGAUUGCAGGGAAGGAGUGGAGAAACUGACGCAGAAGUUCAAAUCCUGAAUGCUCCCCCAGACUCCCUGUCCCAUCCCACUGUACCAGUAAUAAAUUUUGCAGGUAACUUUUACCGAGAAAUUAGUGAUGUAAUAAUAUUCAUUAUAUCAACUUACAUAAUCUUCACCCUCAUUUGGAAAAUAUUUAAUGGGUGUAGACACAAAUUAUCAUCUCAACCCGGGAAAUGGAAAUGAUUUCUGCUCCGUGAGAUUUGUGUGGA